AUGCCUCGAUAUUUUUAUAUAUUUAAUGAAACAACUUAUGAUAUGGAUCUUAAAUUAGCAUAUGUAAGCUUUAAAGACCCAUUUUCAAAAAUUAGAAUAUCAUUUUGUAUUUUAUUUUUUAUUAUAUCAUUUGCAAGUUUAUAUUUUGGUAAAAGAUCAUAUGAUAUUAGAAAAAAACCGACCUUUUUUACAGUUAUAGCUAUAAUAGAUUCAAUAAGUUCUGCUUUAAAGGUAUUAGUUUUAGGAACCGAAUUUAUUAAACCAACUUCAUUUAUACAAAUUGGAAUUUCAUCAUUUAUUUUUAAUUUUAAUUAUAUUUUGGUUCAUAUAUCAGUAUCAGCUUUGGUAUUUUAUUGGAUUCAUAAAUAUCAUGAUCAUAUAAAAAAACAAUCAAAGAGUUGGUCAUCAAUGUUUAUAUGUGUAAUAUUUUUAAUGUUUAAUACAUUUGGAAUUUUAGUUUGUUUUGUUUAUGCAUAUUGUGAAGCAAAUAGGUUAUGUGAUUCUCAAUUUUAUAGGUCAACAACAUAUAUAGUAAAUAUAAUUUACUUUUUAGCUGAUGUUUGUUAUGCAGGUUCACUAUUUGUUUAUGGUUUUUUAAUUGGUAAAAAUCAUAAAAAAUCAAUGGGUAUAUUAGUUUGUUCAAUUGCAUUAGGAGUUACAUUUUUAUAUAAUGCAGUUGAAUUAUUUACAACAGCAUUUAUAUCAUCAUUAAAUGAAGUUCAAUCAAUGUUAUUCGAUAUAACUGAUUUAUUAAAUAUAAUUAUUAUUUAUUUAUGUGUGAUUGGAAUUGUUCAUUUUGAUACAGAAGUAAAAGUUAGAUAUUUAAAAAAAUUGGAAGUUCCAAAUCCUGACAAAGAAGAAAAUAUCAGUAAUUCUCAUUAUAUUCAAAAUAUAAAUAAAAUUACAAAUGGUGAUUUCAAUUAUAAUAAUAAUAAUAAUAAUAUUAAUAAUAAUAAUAAUAACAAUUUACAUCGUCAUCAAAAUCAUACUGGUGGUGCUGGAGGUAUAUCACCAAUCUCAAUUUUUAAUAAUGGUAAUAAUAAUAAUAUUAAUAAUAAUAAUAAUAAUAAUGGGAAAACUGCCAUUUAA